UUCGUUUGAGCUCUACAAUAUAUAGACUCUAACAAAAUUACUUAAUUUUAACAAAAUUACAAAGUUGUAAUGCAUUAAAAUUGAUAAGUGUAAUUAAUUAUAAACUUCUUUCUAUUCUGUGAUAUUGGAUCUCUUUGCAAAUUCGAUUUUUUAAAAAUGGAAUUUGUUAACCGUAAAGUCAAAACGGUCGCCAAAAUUGACGUGUGUCAAAUGAAUGGCGCGGAUAGUUGUUACAAAAUUAAGAGUGGUUUCGCGAUUCUUUCUGCACAAUAUUUGGGCGGGAAGCCAAGAAGUCAGUCCGCUUAAGUGGAGCGAGACCGCGAUGAGUCCAGCGCCCCCCUCGCUGCAAAACAAAAGUAGCACGCUGCAAGCCGACGGCAGGCAGUCGAACGCGACUACUGGAAGCAAGUGUACGCAUAGCGAAAUGGAGCGCGAUCGUAUCGGAGUAUGGGGCUGCGGAGACGGCCAGUCUGCCGGAAAAGUCUCCGGUCUGGACCGGCUCAAACAUCCCGGUCUCAACAAGGGUUUGGCGUUCAGUAUCGAGGAGCGCCAGGCGUUAGGCAUUCACGGGCUGCUGCCAGCCAGGGUCAAGAGCCAGGAGGAGCAGAUGCAGCUCUGCAAACUCUCCAUCGAGAGAUAUGAAGACCCUCUCAAUAAAUAUAUCUAUCUUAUGGGAUUACUUGACCGCAACGAGCGCUUAUUCUACUAUUACUUGGGUCAAAACGUAGCGGAUCUGAUGCCCAUCGUGUACACGCCGACCGUGGGCCUGGCCUGCCAGAAGUACGGGCUCGUCUACCGCCGCCCGCGCGGUCUCUUCAUCACCAUACACGAUAAGGGACACGUCUACGAUAUACUGCAGAACUGGCCGGAGACGGACGUGCGCGCUAUCGUGGUGACGGACGGCGAGCGCAUCCUGGGCCUGGGCGACCUGGGCGCGUGCGGGAUGGGCAUCCCAGUGGGCAAGCUGGCGCUCUACACCGCGCUCGCUGGCAUCAAGCCACACCAGUGCCUGCCCAUCACUAUUGACGUGGGCACGAACAACGAGACGAUGCUGAGCGACCCGCUGUACAUCGGGCUGCGGCAGCGGCGCGCGCGCGGCGCCGCAUACGACGACCUCAUCGAGGAGUUCAUGCAGGCGGUGGUGCGCCGCUUCGGACAGAACUGCCUCGUGCAGUUCGAGGACUUCGGCAACGCCAACGCCUUCCGCCUGCUCGAGAAGUACCGCGGCAGGUACUGCACGUUCAACGACGACAUCCAGGGCACGGCGGCGGUGGCGGUGGGCGGGCUGCUGGCCAGUCUGCGCCUCACCGCCUGCAAGCUCGCAGACAACACCUUCGUCUUCCAGGGCGCUGGAGAGGCGUCGCUGGGCAUCGCGGAGCUGUGUGUGAUGGCGAUGAAGGCGGAGGGCGUCUCCGAGGAGGAGGCGAGGUCGCGCAUCUGGAUGGUCGACUCUAAGGGUCUGAUCGUGCGCAACCGGCCGGAGGGCGGCCUCAACGAGCACAAGGAGAAGUUCGCCAAAGACUGCCCUCCCAUCCGCACGCUGGAGGAGGUGGUCCGCACCGCCAAGCCCUCCGUGCUCAUCGGUCAGUACUGCUUUGUUUAAUGCCAAAAUAUAUGA